GGUUGCGUUGGUCUGGCUCGAUUCGAAAUUCAUCCAAACGCGGCGCUGCCACGGGCACGGCAGCGGAAGGACAGGAGAGUCAUUUUGCGCCGCGCCGUGGUUUUCCUUUUCCAGUUGGGUUUGCCGCCACGAUGCUCUGUACGGCUUCGACGGGCCCGCACGACGAAGUGAAGCUGUAAAAUGCGUUCAAUUGCUAGGGUUUCAAAGCCCAUGGCGAGGCGACUUCGCUUCCAGCUGAAGAGGUUAUUCUCUUCUUCAUCAAACUUCGAAGCAUUCGACCCUCCUCCCCCUAUUGCUCAUCGCAGAGUCGUCGUCACCGGAUUGGGCAUGGUUACACCACUUGGUUGUGGGGUGGAAAUGACAUGGAAGCGACUGAUAGAGGGGGAAUGCGGUAUAAGGGCCAUAACUCCUGAGGAUCUUAAGAUGAGUGAGUUUGAUAAGGAAAUGCAAAUGCAUACUUUUGAUCAGCUGACGUCAAAAGUUGCUGCAACUGUGCCAUGUGGAGCCAACUCAGGUGAAUUCAACGAGGAAAUAUGGCUUAAUACGAAGGAGCACAGGUCGAUUUCAAGGUUUAUAGGCUAUGCUUUAUGUGCCACUAAUGAAGCCCUUAGAGAUGCAAAUUGGAUACCCACCGAGCACGUGGAUAAGGAAAAUACGGGAGUCUCCAUUGGCGGGGGAAUUGGAAGCAUCCGUGAUAUACUGGAUGCAUCGCUAAUGGUUUGUCAGAAGCGUCUCCGUCGGCUUAGUCCAUUUUUUAUCCCUCGGAUACUGAUAAACAUGGCAGCUGGUCAUGUGAGCAUGAAAUAUGGAUUCCAGGGACCAAACCAUGCUGCAGUGACUGCUUGUGCUACGGGGGCCCAUUCUAUUGGCGAUGCCACAAGGAUGAUUCAAUUUGGAGAUGCUAAUGUUAUGGUAGCCGGAGGAACAGAGUCCAGUAUAGAUGCUUUGUCUAUAGCAGGGUUUUGUAGAUCAAGGGCUUUGGCUACAAAGUACAAUUCUGCCCCAGAACAAGCUUCGCGACCAUUUGAUUGUGGUCGAGAUGGAUUUGUUAUCGGGGAAGGUUCUGGUGUCAUGGUGUUGGAGGAAAUGGAACAUGCAAAAAAGCGUGGAGCAAAAAUAUAUGCAGAAGUUCGGGGUUAUGGGAUGUCAGGUGAUGCAUAUCACAUUACUCAACCACAUCUUGAUGGAAGAGGUGCCACUUUGGCCAUGAAACGUGCUUUAAAGCAGUCCGGUCUUCAUCCUAAUCAGGUGGAUUAUUUAAAUGCUCAUGCUACAUCUACUCCAUUAGGUGAUGCAAUAGAAGUGCAUGCGAUUAAAUCUGUGUUUGCUGGGCAUGCAACAUCAGGUGCUUUGGCUUUGUCCUCCACAAAGGGUGCCAUCGGCCAUCUACUUGGGGCAGCUGGAGCAGUGGAAGCAAUUUUCUCUGUUUUAGCUUUAUACCAUGGAAUUGCUCCUUUGACAUUCAAUCUUACAAACCCAGAUCCAGUGUUUGACGAGCAUUUUGUACCUUUGACAGCCUCAAAGAAGAUGCCAAUUAGAGCAAGCAUGUCUAAUUCUUUUGGAUUUGGAGGGACUAAUGCAUGCCUGCUGUUCUCUGCCACUUCUUAGUGUUUCUAGCUCCUGCAGACAACCCCUCCCCUGUCGACAGCAGACGACUCCUUAAAGAUGGAGCAGCUGCUAAAUUGAGAGAGGAUCGUUCAGCUGGACUUUCACAAACUCAUUUGUCGUUGCUUCUAGAGGAAAAGAACACAAGAAAAUAACCUUUACAAGGGAUUAUUGGCAUUUUGGUUAGGAGGGAAAAUCCUACACACACAGUUUCCUCCGUUGCAGUCAAUUCAAUGAGUCAUCUUGACACCUCUUUAAUUUGAGCAAAGUUUCCUCAACGCUACUUGAACAGCGACAAUGGGUUUUCCUUCAGCGUUUUUCUCAUUUGAUUCUCAAGCAUUUCAUUAGAUAGGGUAAAGAGUAUUGGGUCUGAGAACCUAGACUGAUUGAUUUGUCCGAAUGCUCAAAAUGACAUUUUUGCCCUGACAUUGUUUUAAGCCAGCAAUCAAAACGGAAAGAUUGGAUUAAUUACAACGAGCACGUUACAUGCAGCAAAAAGGGACAAAAGAAAAAAAAAAAAAAAACAAAGAAUUUGAGUUCAUAACUAUGA